CCGUUCUACUUCCGGUGUAUGUCGGGCUAGUAGCGGAGCAUCGAUCGUUACACAGCGGGUUUGACUCGCAUUGUUAUUAAUGUCAAUAAUCUUCUUCUAUUAUGGCGACUUUCUUCGGCGAGGUGUUGUCGGUGUACUCAAGAGCUGUCGAGGAGGAUGAGUAUGAUGAUAUGACGAGGGAAAACGAGGAAGAUGAACAGAUCCUACGGGAAAUCGAGGAGAAGAGGUGUGUGGAUGUGCACUGGAUCUCACACACAGACAGUGGGUCCCUGUCGUGUUCGGAUCUAAUCAUCGCUGUGGGUCCAAACGCCACUGGCUUCGUCUCGGCGUACGUGUUGAGCUCUGGCGGCUGGCAGGCCGUGGCCCGGGUCUCCCUGUGGAACGAGCGGAGCCGAACUGACGGAGAGCCGUCAUGUGUCCUGUACCAGCAGAAGCAGGUGAGAUCACUUUCAUGUCACUUGCAUUUACAUUUAAUCUAUUAACAGAUGCUUAUGAAG